CAUAUUCUUGAUGCUAAUCCUGCUCCUGAAAAUCCUGAAAAUGAAACAUCAUGUAAAAAAACAAAUCGAUUAGCACGUAUUCGAUAUGCUACUAAUAAAUAUUAUAAAUUAAAUCCACAUUUAAUUCAAGAAGAAUCUCAAGCAAGUUCUUCUACUAAAUCACAAACCCAACUAAACAAACUUAGA